GCCCUGCUGCGCUGCGCUCUGCCUGGCCGGGGUGCUGCGCGGAGCGGGGCUCGGCUCGGGACAGCGUGCGCUUCUGGGGCGGGGGGGGGCGGUUCUGGCGGGCCGUGGCUGUGCGUGCCCUCCCCGCACCUGCCCGUGGGACGGCCGGCUGUCGGUCGCUGCCGCUCCGUUCCGGCAGAGCGCUGAGCUUCGGGCUUCCGCGGCGUCCAGAAAUCGCCGGCGCGUGAGCGGAGUGCCGGGGGUGGAGAAGCGGUGGAGACGGGAGGCGCUGUGCGCGAGCCCUUCCGAGCCGCUCCGCGCUGUGCGCAAUGCGGGCGCGCUGCGCUCCGAGCCGUCUGAGAUACACAGCGCCUGUUCGGCUCCGGACCGAGUGUGACCCUCUGGGGGAUGCCGGACCCCCUGAAAAGGCAGCCACAGAUCUCAGUGGUGAAAACAAGAAACUCAACAAAUCUCAGCAGCUGAAGCAAGUUUUCAAACAGUAUGGUGCUGUGGGAGUUUCAUUCCACGUUGGAAUUUCAUUAAUAUCUCUAGGAAUCUUCUACGUGGCUGUGUCAAGCGGUGUGGAUAUGACUCCAGUUCUCUUCAAACUUGGUUUCAGUGAAUCAUCAUUGCAGUCUAAAAUGGCUGCUGGUACAAGCACGUUUGUGUUGGCAUAUGCCAUCCACAAGCUGUUUGCUCCGGUCCGAAUCAGCAUCACUGUAGUUUCUGUGCCAUUUGUUGUCCGAUACUGCCGGAAGAUUGGUUUCUUCAAACCUCCUGCUCCAAAGCCAUGAUCAUUUCUUAUUGUUCAUUAUUAUUAUUUUUUAAAUGUUUAAUAUUCAUGUAGCUCCUCAGAUGCUCCUUUGAAUUCAUGCUAAUGCUAAUGCUGACCUUCUCUUGCAUUUCUCUGGCUUGUUCUUUCAGGUAAAUGUGGCAGUGAGAAGUGCUGUCCUCAUCUUCUUUCCCUUUGUAAAAAGCUCUUAAAAUAGAGUCUGCUUUCCACUGCAAGUGCUAAUAUAAAUGCUUGACAAUGUGCAGUCUCUCACAGAAACCAGACAUACAAUUCUGGGUCUUUAUUUUCUAGAUUUUUGGAUCAUUACUGUUUUUCAUGCCAAAAUACAAUUACAGUUUAUUACUGUGCAGUUGGGAAAUAGAAUAGGAUUCUUUUCCUAAUAGUAGAAUACUGUUUCUUCCAUGGACCAUGUAAAUAGUUCUAUUGGUAAGCAGGUGUAUUGGGAUCUAAGGUGCUAUGUGAGUGUUCCUUUUGUUGCAGAAGGCAUAUGUUAUGAUCCCACUCCUGCAAUCCAACACACAUGCCAAACUAACUUUAGUGAGAGUACCUAUAUGCUUAAUUAUUGCACGGUGAUAACUGUUUUAGCUAGAAGAGGCAAUGCACCUCUCUGAAAUUAUGGCUCCUUUGUGGUGCUUCUGUAUCUCAAGAUUUUGUUGUUUGAAACUAUGCUUUUCUGACCUUUCUAAGGUCUUUUUUCUUUUCCUGUCAGAUUUAAACACUGCAGACUCAUACUGAGUCUAGUGAAGUCAUUGUAACCAGAAUUACCUCCUAUCUGAAUGUAUUCCAAAGAUAAAGUGAGAGGCAAAGUAUCUGUGGUGUUGAGACCUUUGUUGGUCUGGGUGCUGAACACCUGUGGUGUUGAGCUUUGUUACUGGGGACAUCUUGUUGGUCUGUUUUGGGGUUUUGUUUUUAAGUUAGCUGUUAACCAUGGGGACUUUCUGCUCCUGUGGAUGAAUCUGUGAUCCUCACCUGAGGUCCAGACAUUACAAUUCAGAACUUCUCAAAAGCAAUUCUUGUGUCUGUCUGGUAAACUGUUGAGUGUACCAACUCAAGGUGUAAUUUGCUUCCUUAUAUGGGCAGUAUUCCUAUUAAAUUGUACUUGCAUAUAACCACUUCUAGUUAACCUAAAAACUGGAUCUCUAAUCUAGGUAUUCAGCUUAACAUUCUGUGCUAAACCCAGGUUUCAGACUUAGGACUGUGCUUCUGUGAGAUGACUGAAGCCAUAUCUGAGUCUUUUGGACCUGUUCUCCCUUCCUCGUCUGUUCUUUUGAUAUUGUCUGCCUCUGUGUUUGUGCUUAUCAUUUAUGCCAUGGUGGCUCUGACACAGAUCUAUUUGUACAGGCAUCUGAACUAAAAUAGCAGAAAACUGCUCUGACCAUCAAAAUACUUUUUUUUGCCAAAUUGUCCUUUUGAAAAGAAAUACUGCUCAAGUGAAGAGAGAAGAAGGAACAAGGCAUGUCUCUCAUGAGCAAGUUACUAACACUGCUCAGGCACAACGUUAAAUUGCAUCCUUAAUCAGUGUGAAUAUUACAUUUGUUACUGGGAUGGAAGCUUAUUGCUGGCUAUUCAACAGCUAAAAACCUGCAAUGUCUACAUAGCAAAAGGGAUACUGUGCAGUAACAACAUGCAGCCAUCACCUCUGUAGUUUUCUGAUCUACUCCAGUCUGGGGCUGGAUGGAGAUAAUUUAUGCUGUCUGCCUCUUUGAAAUUUAAAGUCUUACUUUGGCUCUUUUUGCUUCAUUUUCCAAGAAAUGUGUUCUUUUCUCCAUGUUCUCUAGCUGUUCAGGUCAUUGUUCUGGUAUCCAAGGGUAACAAAAUGACUCCAUAAUAAUCAAAUAAUGACAGCCUUGUUUUAUUUGGUCAGUGAUUUUUAGCAAGAAAGGUCCUGAAAUUGAUAAAAGGAGUCAAACUUUUUCUUUCCUGUUCCUAGAGUGUUUCUAGGAAACAAGACUCAUUUAAAGCAAAUGUACCUGGAAGUUAGUAGAAGGUACAAGCACUAUAGGUUGUGUUGUGGUAAUAGGAAAACCCUUCAUUUGAAUUGUGACCUGUAAGAGAAGGAUGGUUGUAUAAACUACUGGCACUUUUAGAUGAAUUUUUGCUAAAUAUUUUACAGUGAUUUGAGAAUAUAUUUUGAAACUUAGAAUCCUUGCUUGUAAAGGAUCUUUUUAAAAUAAUUUGUAAGAUAGUAAGAGACCUUCCGUGGCUCCUGAUAAUGACAAAAAUAAAUUGCUUUCCCAUAGCA